GCCUACGAGAGCACCCUCAAGUCGAUCGGCGUGCUCGUCAAAGCCCGGAAUUUCCUUGUCUUCCAAGGGGACGUGGAGAGCAUUGCUCAAAAAGCGCCCAAGGACCUGACCGCCCUCUUCGAACAGAUCUCUGGCUCCGAGGACCUGAAGGCGUCCUACGAAGAGGCCCGGCGGGCCAAGGAGGAGGCAGACGAGAACGUGAUCUUCGCGUACCAGAAGAAGAAGAGCCAAGCCGCGGAGCGCAAGCAGGUGAAAGAGCAGAAGGAGGAAGCAGAGCGUUAUGCAGCCAAGAAAUCGGAGCUCAGUGCGUUGACUACCGAAGCGUACCUGCACCGGCUCUACCACGUCAAGCGGGAGCUCGAUCAGAACGAGGCCAAGCUCUCCGUCGUCCGCUCCGAAUUCUCCCAGGCCCUGGAGCAGGAGCAGUCCCUGGAAAGCACCAUCCAGGCAGAGAAAGCGGAGGCGGCAGUCCUGCAGAGGGACGUGGGCAAGGCCGAAAAGGAGCAGGCCAAGCGACGGGAGCGGCUGGAGGCUUUAGCCCCGGGGAAAAUCAAGGAAGAACAAGGGCUCAAGGCCCGGCAAGAAAAGCUCAAGGCGGAGAAGGAGGCGGGUAUGAGCAUGCGCGAAGACUUGCUGCAGCAGAAGGAAAGAAAGAAGGGACUGGCGGAGGACAUCGCCAAGCUGGAAGCCACGGAGCAGGAGCUCCAGAUCAAGCAAGCGGAGGCGAUGGAGGAGAUGCGGGCGAGCGGGGUCACACUCUCUGAGGCCAAGCUCCAAGAGUACAACAAGCUCAAGCAGCAGGUGUCGGCGCAGUGCCAGGAGGGGAAGGCGCGUCUGCAGGCGUUGGUCCGACAGCAGGAGGCAGACAAGACCGAAGCCGCUGUCCAAGAGAGAGAACUCUCCCUCCAUCUCGCGACCAAGGAAUCAGCAGCCCGCGACAUCGAGCAGCAGAGCGCCAAGACCCAGCAGUUGAGCGCUGACUUGCAGAAGAGGGCCAAGGAGAGCGAGCAACUCGAGAAAGACAUCGCGCGUAUGGAGCAGGAGGGCCGAGAGGCGGAGGAGCGACUUGUGGAGGUGCGGGCGGAGAUGAAGGGGUUAGAGGAUCAGCAACGGGCUUACCGGCAGGAGCGAAAGCAAUCUCAACAUGAGGAGAAGAUGGCGGCCGCGUUGGAGAUUAUGAAAGACAUGUACCCGGGCGUAAAGGGCCGCCUGGUCGACCUGUGUCGCCCCUCAUCUCGUAAAUUCAACCAAGCCGUGGCAGUAGCAGGCGGGCGGUUGAUGGAUGCCAUCGUCACGGAUACAAAACAGACAGCCUCCGAAUGCAUUCGGCAUCUGCGGGAGCAACGUGUCGGUGUCGCAGAUUUCAUCCCCCUGUCGGGCAUCAAAGACAAGUCGCCCAAUGAACGCUAUCGGGCCCUGGGCGAAGCCUUUCGCCUGGCUGUGGAUGUCAUCGAGUGCGAAGACGAGAUCCGUGGGACCCAAUACCGUCAUCUGCGACUCGCUGGAUGA